UCUGGUGCUGAAGAGUUCAAGCGAUCGACCCUUGCAAUGGACCAAAAUAGCAAACAAAGAGCAAAGAUCAUCUCUAAGCAGAAGUUAUCAUUGACAAAAAGUAUGCCUAAAUAAACAAGAUCUUGAGAAAAUAUGAGAGCUGAACAAGACCAAGGCCAAGAUCAAGCGGACUUUCGAAGAUCUUGACGAAGAUAAAACAGGAGAGAUUUCUGUAAAAUUAUUCUCAAGUAUCCUCCAUUGUCUUGGAAUUGAGAUUAACAGCAGAUUGUUACACCAGAACUCUACAAAUGGGGAUGUUAAAUAUCACUAUAUGAUGAAUCUUCUCAAACAGGAAAGAGAUAAAGAUUCAGGAGAACUCCAAUGGAAAUUUGUAGAAAAUCUAAAAUGCUCAGCAAAAUUAAAGAAUUCCAAAGGCACUAGAUCUAUAGACACACGAAUCACUGCAAAGAGCUUGGCAGCAAUGCAAACACUUCCUGGUGAUAAUCCCUCUACAAUGAGUGUGAGAUCUAGGAAAAGUGUGAAUAGGCUUUUGAACAUCUCAAAACUUGAAAAGCAGUCCGAAAUUGCUAGCAUGGCUAAGAAUUCAGUCACAAUGAGAGCAAGCGGAAAGAAGAAGAUAAACCUACCAGGAAUCACUAAGAUGAUUCCUGACACCCAAAGUAAAGUUUCGACAGAUUCUACAUCAAGAUAUGGUGGAAGUCCAGGAAAAAUAUGCCAGCUUAAAAGAGUCUCUAGUGGAAGAUAUAAAAACUCUGGUAGAAAAACCAAUGGUUCAACUACCUCCUCAAUUGUAGAUCUAGGGUCAAAUGCUUCUUCUCAAAAUUCACAACUGCAAGGUUUCCUAAUGCAAGCUUUCAAGAUAAGUCAGAAUAUCGAUGUGAAGAAGGCUUUGUCAGUCCUGAAGUACCUCAGAAAUCACAAAGUUCCUCUGUGUGAUUACAGGACUUACAAAGUUCCAAAGUUCUUGGCAGAUAUUCAUACAGAAAUUCAGACCAAAGAUAGCAGUAAAUGUCUGUAUAUAUCAGAACAGGAAUUCGGGAAGUUAGUAGAACAGUUCUGUGAAAUUGAAACAGAUGAUGCUAAGGGAAGGGUCUUGGAAGGCCUUAUUGACGUUCUUAAAGUACAAGAUAAAGGGCUUUCAUUUGAGAAGUUUGAGAAUUUACUUGAGCUUUAUAAAUAUUUGCCAGAUAAUCCAGAACAGUUCGACAAGGUUAAAGAUUUAAGUGGGUCCAAAUCAGUAAUAGCCAAAAAGAAAAUUGGCUUGAAAGAAUGCUUCACAAUCUUCACAGACAAAAUGUAUUCAAAAUUUGAAAACUCAGCUUCUGCAUUCAAAUUUUUCAAUUACUCCGGGCAAGGAUUUCUCUCAAUGGAUGAAUUCAAAACAAGAGUGCAUAAACUCGGCUUAAAAUUCACAAAUAGCCAAUUACUAUCUCUCUUCACCUCUAUCGACAAGAACAAGGACAGCUACAUCGAUUUCUCCGAAUUCCACCGCUUCUACAUCACCUCAUCUCCCACCCAAUCCCUCACCCUCAAAUCUCCCAGCUCAACUACAAAACCCCACAACCGUACAAUCUCAUACCCAAAACCUCCCUCAAAACAUACCUUCUACACCUCCAAAUUCCCGAACGAUGAUGACCAAAUCAUAUCAAAAAGCCUGGCUAAUUUCAAAUAAAAAACUUGCCAAAUCCUUCCUCCAAAGUCCAAAUAGCCCAUCUAAUGCCAACCUCAGCUACACAUUUGGCAUAAAAUCUCCAGCACCAGAUAACAUUAAGGAGAUCAUGGACUACGCUCCACUUGGAGAGUACAUGGAGGAGAGCAAGAAGAGAGAGCAGCAGUUUCAGAGAUCGAUUAAAUCUAUGGAGAUUUUUAAGAAAGCAAAACCCACAUUUUCGAGCAGGGUGAGGGAUUUAGAGUUGGAGAAACAGAGGAAAAAGAGGGAUGAGAGGUUGUUAGAAGGGGAGAUAGGGUAUUUUAGGAUGAGGCAGAUGUCACAGAUUGCGAAAGAGCAAACGAAAAUUAAAAGGAUUUUAAAACAGCGUUCAGGGAGUCAGAGUAUUGCUCAGCCUGUUAAGGAGGUCAAACUGAGUGAGAUUUAUAAGCAGAAAUAGUUCAAAUUUA